UUUCUAUCUCUUAAAUCCUCACUUUCUUUUUCUUUUCACAAAAGCCAGUGCUACUCUUUUUUUCUUCUCAAAAUAGCUUAUAUUAGACACCAUCCAUGAAUUAUAAUGCGUCACCAUUUCAUUUCACAAUUUGGUGCUCUUUAAGUCUCUUAACCUUGGAAAACAAACAAUGACCAAGAAUUAUUUCACGUUCCUUUUUACUUUUGUUCUUAUACUCAAUUUGUUAUCUCCAUCUUCAGCUACACCACCACCAGCAAAAAUUGUUACUGGAGUUGUCUCCAAUGUUGUUUCUUCUCUUCUUAAAUGGAUAUGGUCACAAUCACAAAAAUCUAAACCAAAAGUAACAGUUCAACAUAGUCGAUCCAUGGUGAAAUUCGAGAGUGGUUACAAUGUCGAAACAAUAUUUGAUGGAAGUAAGCUUGGGAUUGAGCCAUAUUCAAUUGAAAUUUCUUCAGAUGGUGAAUUUUUGGUUCUGGAUUCUGAGAACAGUAAUGUCUACAAGAUCUCAAGCCCAAUGUCAAAAUAUAGCAAACCAAAGCUGCUUGCUGGAUCUUCAGAAGGGUAUAUUGGUCAUAUAGAUGGAAGAGCUAGAGAUGCAAGACUUAACCACCCUAAAGGGCUUACAGUUGAUGAUAGUGGCAAUAUUUAUAUUGCAGACACAUUGAAUAUGGCUAUCAGAAAGAUCAGUGAUGAAGGGGUAACUACUAUUGCAGGUGGAGGAAAAAGGGGCCAAGUAGGAGGACAUGUUGAUGGUCCAAGUGAAGAAGCAAAAUUUUCAAAUGAUUUUGAUAUAGUUUAUGUUAGUAGUACUUGUUCUCUAUUGGUGGUAGAUAGAGGAAACAAUGCAAUUAGAGAGAUUCAACUCAAUCAACAUGAUUGCAUGACUACUAGUAGUACUAAUGAUGAGUAUGAGUAUGACAAUAGUUUCCCCUUAGGAAUAGCUGCACUUGUUUGUGCUGGAUUCUUCGGUUAUAUGUUAGCAUUACUUCAGAGGAGAGUUAGAGACAUGUUUUCUUCUCCGAAUGAUUCAAGAGCUCAUAUUCGAACAAUGGGAACACAAUUUACAUCACAACAAAGACCUACUCCCAAAUCAGUUAGGCCUCCUUUGAUCCCAAAUGAAGAUGAAUUUGAUAAACAUGAUGAAGGCUUCUUUGUUUCUCUUGGAAGGCUUUUAGUGAAUUCUAGUUCAUCCAUGGGUGAAAUCUUUUUAAGCUUGUUCGUAGGAUCCAAAAGAAAACAACUCUCAUAUCAUCAAUACCAACAACAUCAACAACAAUAUCAUUAUCCAAAUCGACAUUCAAAUUCUUGGCCGAUGCAAGAAAGUUUUGUCAUUCCAGACGGAGACGAACCACCUCCUAAUACAGAAACUAAAACACCUACGCAAAGAAAAACAUAUCCAUACACGAAUAAGGAAUUAGAAAUGUUGGAAAAAACAAGAGAUAAUAGUCUCUACGAAACAAAUAUUUUUCCUCCACCCGCACAGAUAAACAGACAGACAGAAAAUACAAUUCCACAACGUAGUCAUGCAUACAUGAACAUGUUGGAUAAUGCUUAUAACGAACAACAUCAUCAUCGUCAUCAACAACAGCAACAUUCUCAGACGCAACACCAACAACAACACCAAGUUCAAACUCGGUAUUCUUCAACCACUCCAUCGAGUUACUAUGAGCAGAAUUGUGAAACAAAUGAGAUUGUAUUUGGUGCAGUUCAAGAACAUGAUGGAAGACGUGAAGCUAUGGUGAUUAAGGCUGUUGAUUAUGGUGAUCCAAAAUUUAGUCACCAUAAUAUUCGUCCUAGAUUAAAUUAUGUAGGUUACUCCAAAAAUUAUUGAAGAUUAUAGUUAGUGAAGAUUUCAUAGUAUCAAAUUGCAUGCAUAUUGAUGCAAUAUGAAGUGAUAGUAGUACUUUUUCCGAGAGUUUUGUGUAUUGGAACUCUUAAUGAAAAUUUUAUAGAUUUUUUCUUUACCCACCUCUCUA